GAGAGCCGACGUCGUGACUGCUGUCCAGCACCGCCCCGACGUCAUGGUUUUCUCGUGGCCUCGACCUCCAGGGCCCUCGACCCCCUCGGGGGGCCGAACUUUCGCGGCGCACCUCCGCCGUGACUUUGGUCGAGGCGCUGGAUCUCUGGGGCAGGGCACGUGCAGCGCCGGGGCUCCGCGGGGCGCGGGGGCCCGCGCGCGGCCCCCUCGCGCGACCCUCGCGGCGCCAUGGCGGGGCGGCCCGGCGCCCAUCCGCCGGCCCAGUGGCAGAACCAGCAGCACCCGGGCCAGCAGCACCAGCAGCCCCAGACGCAUGUGCCGCCACCAAACUGGGGCGGCGGCCGCGGCAGAGGCAAGGGCGGCAGCAAGGGGUGCGGCGCGCACCAGCCCGGCGGGAAGCCGCACGGGCCGCCGGUCACCGUGUCGUCGCUGCAGGCGGGCGAGCUGGUAGACGUCUUCCACCGCUAUAUGCAGGACCCGAACGGUUAUUUCAUGGUCUCCCACAGCUCGGGUGGCGUCUUCCACCCGAGCGUGGGCAGGACGGACGGCUGGACCGAGGCCCGCGUCUCCGAGGCCUGGGACAUCAGCAGGUUCAACCCAGGCCAGUACAACACCUGGGUGGAGAUCCAGUGGACCCACCCAAAGUGGUACAAUCGGCGGGGGCACCGUCUUGACGUCAACAACAUCAGCAUGGUGACGCAGCGCGUGAUGCCCGACCAGAUCCGCCAGCGUUACCAGCCCUCGGAGGCACAGCAGCAGCCGCAGCUGACGCUCUUCCACAUUCGCUGGGGCGGGGAGCAGCCUGUGAACCCGGUCACCGAGGGAGCUGGAGGCUGGGGCCAAGUUGGCUCGACGCCUUCCGACAACUACAUCAAUACUUGGGAGGACACGGUGUACCAGGCGCUGGGGCCAACCUACGAGAUCAUAUCGGCAUUCUACCAGGGCUCCGAGGAUCUCGCCAAGAUCAGUGCGCCUCUGCUGCGGCAGCUUGCCUCUGGUCAGCACCUGAACGGGCUGUACUUCAUGUGGCCCAUCGCCUAUCAGGACGGCCACAAUUAUCCGGCCUACGUGGACCGCGUGAGACAACUCGAGCUCAUGGUCCAGAUGGAGGCGGCAGGGAUACCGACGCGCUUCCCGCACAACGCCCACCUGUACAGGAUCUUUGCGUCGAAGGAGUGGACCACGCAGAUGUGCCUGCAUCUCCCCCUGCACGUGCCGCUCACCACCGCGGUGCCGCGGUCGGCCAUCAUCUGCAACCCUGGCAAGGCCGCCGCGAACGCCAUCAGGGCCCUGGCGAACCUCAACGAGGGGCGGGCUGCGAUGACGGGGCAGCCCGCCGCCCCAGUGCAGAAGGGCGUGGCGAAGCUCGGCUGGAGCUGGGAGGCGAUGGACGUGCGGGCCUGGACCAACUCGCAGGUGCUGUCGGACGCGCUCGCACAGCUGGUGGAGCAGCCGGGCAGCAACGUGGACCUCUGUUUCGUGCAGGAGUGGGUCGACUUCGACGUCGAGAUGCGGCACUUCAUCGUGGAGCCAUCGCUCAACGACCCCCAGACGUGGCGGCCUAAGAAGAUCGUGUACACUGUCUUCAAGUCCAAGGAGGGCGGCAGCUUCAGAGACUUCGACAGGUACGAGCGCCAAGGCUGCCUGCAGAGGUGUUUCUUUGGGGACGAUGCGGCGCUCAGCGACGCCGAGCGGCAGGCAGAGGAGCUGAUCGGUAGGUGGCUUCUGUGGUUCCAGGCGCAGACGAGCGAGCUGCCCACUGUGAUCCGCUUCGACAUACUGGCCAAGCGCUUGGGUCCAGGGCGCGCCCACGUGACCACUGGCGAAGUCACCGAGCUGGGCGGCUGCUUUCUGGGGUGGCCUCAAGGUCCGCAGGUGGUCAUGUCGGCAAUGCUGCGUUCUUGCUUCAACGACCCAGAGGCGCAGUAGCCCCAUGGAGUCCUUUCGCCGCAUCGUCAGCCUCGGCUAUCCUGCGGGCAUGGCCGCGGCGUGGCCCGAGCAGAGUGCGGCGGGGAGGGCCCCCUCUUAGUUCCUAGUUGAGGGCGCUGCUCAGCAUGGCCUGCAGCGAGUGGAGUCCCUGGGACGCUGCUCGGCUUUUGCGCCAAGACGGGGGGCGCCAGCGCAAUAAUCUCUGCUGUGCGCACUUGCUGUCUAGCUUUAGGUAUAUGCGUGCUCUCGCGCACGCACCACGCAGGGUGGUGGACGGAAUCUCAGCCAGUGUGCAUCCAAUAAAUCAAGAACCUAGAACAAAA